AUGCUGUCUCGAUCCUGCUUCAAUCUGCUAAACCUGGACGACUACUCGAGCCGGGCCCCUAGGCCGCCUGUCUCCGUCCCCGGAAUCGUGACCGAUUACGAGGACCAAAUCCCAAUCAAUGGCGCCGCCGCCGCCCAAAACGACGCCGUCCCUUCUCUGAGGAUCAUCGUCGCCAACAAGCUCCCUUUAAAGUGCCGCAGGGAAGAAGGUUCAUCCGACGCCCACAAAUGGUCCUUCGAAUGGGAUAGGGACGAAUUGACCCUGCAACUGCGGGACGGGUUCCCGCCGGGCGUUGAUGUCCUCUACGUGGGCUCUCUUCCCGUGGAUGUCGACCCAGUGGACCAGGACGACGUGGCCCAACUGCUGCUCGACAAGUUCAGAUGCGUCCCCACUUUCCUGCCCUUGGAUUUGGUCAACAGCUUCUAUCACGGCUUCUGCAAGCACUAUCUCUGGCCCCUCUUUCACUCCAUGCUGCCCUUGACCCCCGACCAUGGCGUCAGGUUCGACAAGGCCGCGUGGCAGGCAUACGUUUCUGCAAACAAGAUUUUUGCGGACAAGGUGAUGGAGGUGAUCAACCCGGACGAGGAUUAUGUCUGGAUUCACGACUACCAUCUCCUCAUUCUCCCCACUUUCUUGAGAAAGAGGUUUCACAGGGUGAAGCUAGGGUUUUUCCUCCACAGUCCCUUUCCCUCUUCCGAGAUUUACCGGACUUUGCCCGUCAGGGAGGAGAUCUUGAGGGGCCUUUUGAACUGUGACUUGAUUGGAUUCCAUACGUUUGAUUACGCCCGGCACUUUUUGUCGUGCUGUAGCCGGAUGCUCGGUUUGGACUAUCAGUCCAAGAGGGGGUAUAUAGGAUUGGACUACUAUGGUAGGACGGUUAGUAUAAAAAUUCUCCCGGUUGGGAUUCACAUGGGUCAGAUCCAAUCAGUCAUGUCCUUGCCUGAUACUGCAGAAAAAAUCAAGGAAUUAAAUAAAAAGUACGAAGGGAAAACCGUGUUGUUGGGCGUAGACGAUGUGGAUAUGUUUAAGGGCAUUGGUUUGAAGUUCAUUGCUUUUUCUCUGCUUCUGGAUGAGAACCCGGAAUUUCGAGGGAAUGUGGUUUUGGUGCAGAUUAUGAAUCCUCCCAGGAGUCAAGGCAAGGAUAUUCAUGAAGUUCAGGACGAAAUCAGUAGAGUGGCAGACGAAAUAAACAGCAAGUAUGGCAGUGGGGCCCACUGCCCUAUCGUGUGCUUAAGUGGGCCAGUCUCGUUUCAAGACAAAGUCGCAUAUUACGCUGUGUCCGAGUGUGUUGUGGUGAAUGCGGUUAGGGACGGUAUGAAUCUCGUUCCAUACAAGUACACCGUGUCCAGACAAGGCUGUCCCAUGUUAGACGAGGCUUUAGGGUUCGAGAGUCCCAAGAAAAGCGUCAUUAUAGUGUCCGAAUUCAUCGGGUGCUCACCUUCCCUCAGUGGGGCCAUCCGUGUGAACCCUUGGGAUGUGAGCAGUGUGGCGGAGGCUAUGGCCUCAGGUAUAAUGAUGAAGGACUCUGAAAAAAAACUAAGGCACGAAAAACAUUACAAGUAUGUAGCAUCUCACGAUGUCGCGUACUGGUCACGGAGCUUUGACCAGGACUUUGAACGGGCUUGUGCCGAGCACUACAGGAAGAGGUGUUGGGGAAUCGGGUUUGGUUUGAACUCAAGGGUUGUGGCUUUGGGCCCGAAUUUCCGUAAGCUGGCGGUGGAGCAUAUUGUGUCAUCUUAUAGGAACACGAAUAGUAGGCUUAUACUUCUUGAUUAUGAUGGGACCAUGACCCCGCAGGAUAUGGUUGAUAAGUCUCCGGGUGAUGAAGUGAUUUCGGUCUUGAAGGGCUUGUGUGGUGACCCAAGGAAUAUCGUGUUUAUCGUUAGUGGGCGGGGUAAAGAUUCGCUCGGGCAAUGGUUCGGGCAGUGUGAAGGGCUUGGGUUGUCUGCAGAACAUGGUUACUUCACUAGGUGGAGUAAAGAUUCCGAGUGGGAAUCUUGCGAAUUAGGAGUUAGUUUGGACUGGAAGAAAAUUGCACUGCCUGUGAUGGAGCACUACACAGAGGCUACAGAUGGUUCGUCUAUAGAGCAGAAGGAGAGUGCUUUGGUUUGGCAUCAUCAAGAAGCCGAUCCUGAUUUUGGCUUGUGGCAGGCAAAAGAGCUUCUUGAUCACUUGGAGAGUGUGCUUGCGAAUGAUCCUGUGGUGGUUAAGAGUGGACAGCAAAUUGUUGAGGUGAAACCGCAGGGUGUGAGCAAGGGUGUGGUUGUAAAGAAUCUCACACAAACAUUGAAAAACAGAGGAAAACCGGCAGACUUUGUCUUGUGCAUAGGGGACGACCGAUCGGAUGAGGACAUGUUUGAGGCUAUAGCUAAUUCACUUGUCGACCAUUCGUUGCCGGAAAACGCUGAAUUAUUUGCAUGCACGGUCGGUCAAAAACCGAGCAUGGCCAAAUAUUAUCUGGACGACACAUCUCAGGUUAUCAAGAUGCUUGAAGCUCUCUCAGAUGCUUCCCGAAAACGACAGCCUUCCAUAGAUGACAAGACUUUUGGAGAAGUAGAAAAAAACUGA